AGCGCUCUCUUUUGUCUCCUCUGCUUUCUCUUCUCUCAUCAGAGAUUCUCGGAAGCUUUUGUCUCCCCUGAGAAACCAAAUCAAUGGCCGACGACUGGGAUCUCCACGCCGUAGUAAGAGGCUGCGCAGCCGUGAGCUCAUCAGCAACCACCACUACCACCACCGUCUUCUCCGGAGGCGUUUCAUCUCACACGAACCCUAUGUUCAACUUCGAACGACAGAGUAAUGACGUCGUCUUCGGAGAGAUUCGAGAUCUCUACACGCCGUUCACACAAGAAUCAAAUGUCUCCUCGUUUUCUUGUCUGAAUUAUCCAGAAGAAUCCAGACAGAGACAAAACCAGAAACGGCCUCUUUCUCUCUCUGCUUCUUCCAGUAGCGUCACUAGCAAACCCACAGGCUCCACUAGCUCUAGAUCUAAAAGAAGAAAGAUACAGCAUAAGAAAGUGUGCCAUGUAGCAGCAGAGGCUUUAAACUCCGAUGUCUGGGCAUGGCGAAAGUACGGACAAAAACCCAUCAAAGGUUCACCAUAUCCAAGAGGAUAUUACAGAUGUAGCACAUCUAAAGGAUGUUUAGCCCGUAAACAAGUGGAGCGAAAUAGAUCCGACCCGACGAUGUUUAUCGUCACUUACACGGCGGAGCAUAACCAUCCAGCUCCUACCCACCGUAAUUCCCUCGCCGGAAGCACCCGUCAGAAAUCAUCUGAUCAGCCGACGACUAAAUCUCCGACGACCACAAUUGCUACUUAUUCAUCAUCUCCGGUAACUUCAGCCGACGAAUUUGUCCUCCCUGUGGAGGAUGUAGCGGUUGCAAAUCUCGACGGAGACGAGGAUCUGUUGUCUUUGUCGGAUACGGUCGUUAGCGAGGAUUUCUUCGAGGGAUUGGAAGAAUUCGCCGUCGGAGAUAGCUUUUCCGGGAACUCUGCUCCGGCGAGUUUUGAUCUCUCUUGGGUUGUAAACAGUGCCGCCACAACCAGCGGGGGAAUAUGAUUCGUCGGGGAUUAGACGACGGCUUAGGAUACUCUUUUUAGGAAAGAUAUAGGAUUAAGGAAUUAUUCUCGGAUUAUUUGUAAAAAUAGGAAAAAAAAAAUUGUUCUUUGUUACUUUUUCGGGUUUUUCUUCCUCUUGUUUCUAAAUAACUUAGAAAUUUUUAAUUGUAUAUUCCUUAA